CUCACUUGUCUCUGUACCGGUAUGUAUGCAGAGCCUAGCCGCAAUAUCUUUACCCGGUUGCUGUGUAGUGCAUCUCAGGGACGAUCGACGCCGUGCCUCGGGGCCGACGAAUGAAAUUACUCCGCAAACCCGGCCGGAGGUAAUAAUGAACGCAGUUAUGGGAGACGGAAAAUUGGAGAAAUAUCGAGCAGAUGCGGCUCAAAAGCUGUGCUGCGUCCUCGUCGUGGAAGAAGCGUCUGCGUGCUUCCCCUGCCGCCGGUAGAACUCGACGAUGCCUUCGUCCAUCAGGAGAGCGCUGCUCUCUCUUCUUCUGUCCACAAUCCUCGUACCGGCAGAAUCAUACGACCUUGCUCGGAGAAAAGAUGCAGCGAAUGCCACGUACAGAAACCCUUCCGCCCCGGUCGAAGCGCGCGUCUCCGACCUCCUGUCGCGCAUGACCAUCGAAGAGAAGACGGCCCAGCUCGUCCAAGGCGACAUCUCGAACUGGAUCAACACCACCACCAAUGCCUUCAACUACAGUGGUCUCGUGUGGAACAUGGACAACCGGGCCGGCCAGUUCUACGUUGGCUACCCGGUCCCGCAGGCAUGGAUCAGCGAGGGCGUGCGCAAGGCACAGGAUUACCUGGUGCAAAACACCACUUUGGGCAUCCCGGCCUUCGUCCAAACUGAGGGUAUUCAUGGUUUCCUUGUCGGGAAUGCGACCAUCUUCAACAGCCCCAUUGCGCAAGCCUGCUCGUGGGAUCCGGAGCUCAUCCAAGAUAUGGCUGCCGUCAUUGCGCAGGAAGCUCGAGCGCUUGGAGUAAACCAAAUCUUCGCGCCACUGGCCGAUCUGGCGCGCGAGCUGCGCUAUGGCCGUGUUGAAGAGACGUACGGCGAAGAUGCACAUCUAGUCGGAGAGAUGGCGUACUCGUAUGUGAAGGGAGUCCAAGGCGGUAAUGUCAGCGCCACCGUCAAGCACUUCGCCGCUUUUUCGGCUCCGGAACAGGGUCUGAAUACAGGUCCUGUUCAUGGCGGCGAGCGAGAGCUGCGGACUACAUGGCUGCCACCCUUCAAGCGCGCCAUUAUCGAUGGUGGAGCAUUCAGUAUCAUGGGCUCCUAUAACUCCUACGACGGCAUUCCGACCAUAGCGGAUUCGCAUCUCAUGACUGACAUCCUCAGAGAUGAAUGGGGUUACAACUACUGGCUGACUUCCGACGCUGGAGCCACUGAUCGCUUAUGCUGCGCUUUCAACAUGUGUGCUUGCAAGCCUAUCGACUCCGAGGCCGUUACCCUGUACGCACUUCCGGCGGGUAAUGAUGUGGAGAUGGGAGGUGGUAGCUACAAUUUCGCCAACAUUCCGCAGCUCGUCGAAGAGGGAAAGCUCGACAUCUCCAUUGUGGACACUGCCGUCGCACGUCAGCUACGUGCCAAGUUCGAGAUGGGUCUGUUCGAGAAUCCAUACCCCGGCGUCGGAUCCAAUGCAACGAAGAGCAUGAUCCACACCCGGAAGGCUGUAGAGCUUGCGCGCACAUUGGAUGCCGAGUCCAUCGUACUGCUUGAGAAUCACAACCAAACGCUUCCCUUGAAGCGGGACGCUAAUAUCGCCGUCAUUGGUCCCAUGGCAGAUUUUGUGAACCUUGGUGACUACGUCGUGUACCGCUCGCAGUACAACCCAGCCAACGUCAACCCCCUUCAAGGCAUCCGAAACGCCUCAACCGGCACCGUCACCUACGCACAAGGUUGCGAGCGCUGGUCGAACGACCAGUCAGGCUUUCCCGAAGCUGUUUCCGCUGCGCAAGCCGCUGAUGUCGCAGUUGUCCUCGUCGGAACGUGGUCUCGCGACCAGCAAGAGCUGUGGCAGGGUCUAAACGCUACAACUGGCGAGCAUGUCGAUCUCUCAAGCCUGAACCUGGUCGGCGCAAUGGGCCCGCUCGUCCAAGCCAUCGUCGAGACGGGAAAGCCUACGGUCGUGGUAUUCCAGAGCGGGAAACCCAUCACCGAGCCUUGGAUCUCUCGGUCCGCCUCAGCGCUCGUGCAGCAGUUCUACCCGGGCGAGCAAGGCGGAAAUGCGCUUGCAGACGUGCUCUUUGGAGACGUCAACCCAUCUGGCAAGCUCUCCGUGUCCUUCCCGUACGACGUCGGCACGUUGCCUGUCUACUACGACUACUUGAACUCCGGCCGCGGGUCGAGCCCCGAUGCCGGCGCUAUCCUGCCGAAUGGCACGCUAGAUUUCGGACACCAGUACGUUCUUAACACGCCAGAGCCGCUCUACGAGUUUGGAUACGGCCUCUCCUAUUCAAACUUCACAUACUCCAACCUCGCCGUCUCGCACACCAACGCUUCGGCAUCGGAUACUAUCACUACCUCAGUUAGCGUCACGAAUGCGUCCCCUGUUGAUGGCAAAGAGGUCGUGCAGUUCUAUGUCCAGGAUGUGAUUUCAUCGGUCGACGUGCCCAAUAUCCAGCUCAAAGGGUUCAAGAAGGUGUCGAUCAAGGCCGGCGAGACCGUGAACGUGAGUGCAGACUUGAGUGUCCAAGACUGGGGCCUAUGGAACCUGAAGAUGAAGUACACGGUUGAGCCGGGCGAGUUCGUUGUAUGGGCCGGAGCAAGCUCCAUGGACUUGAGGAGUAGUGCGGCGGUGGCCGUCGGUUGAGCAUAGGGGUUUGAGGUAUCGACGAAAUCGGCAUAUUUAGGUGGAACUUCGAUCCCAAGAUAAUACUGAAUUGACUGUCAUCCUUCAUCAGCCGGUUGGUAUUGCGCAUGUUAAGGCUUUCGCAGUCCAUGUGGCCAAUCAAAGACGC